AAACUCGUGCUUCCCAUCUACGCAGGUUCUUUCCUCUCUCUCCUAACAUUUAACUUUAUAUAUACUACUUUCCUUUCCAAUCUUCAAUCUCCUUCAAAUCUAAUUUCCAGAAAACCUCAAAUUCAAACUCAAGCAUUCAACAAUGGCGGCCUCAACUGAAAACAACAGCAAUUCCUCCUCAUCUCACUCUCUCUCCUCAGUUUACCUCUCCGACAUGGCGGAAGUUAAGAAAGUCUUCGAUCGAUUCGACACUAACGGCGACGGAAAAAUCUCCGCCACCGAACUCAAGAACGUAAUGAAAGCGCUUGGAUCGGAAACUUCGCCGGAAGAAGUGAAACAAAUGAUGGAGGAAAUGGACAUUGAUAAAGAUAGCUACAUUAGUCUCGAAGAAUUCGCCGAGUUUUGCUCGAAGAAAGUUGAAGGAGAUGAGAAUGGAUCGCAAGAGCUUCAUGAUGCUUUUGAGAUGUAUGAUCAGGAUAAAAAUGGCUUGAUUUCUGCUACUGAGUUGCACCUCGUUCUGAGUCAACUCGGUGAGCAUUGUACGGUUGUGGAUUGUGAGAAGAUGAUUCAGUCUGUUGAUGCGGAUGGUGAUGGAAAUGUUAGCUUUGAUGAGUUUCGUAAGAUGAUGACUAGAGGAAAAUCGUCGUCGUCGCAAAAUUAGGUUAUUCUUUUCUCGGAAUUUCGCUGACUUUUACUUUGAAUUGUUAGCGUAAAAAGCCCUAAUUUGUCUAGUUUCGUUGCUUUUCGUUUUCUUUUGCGCUUUCGAAGAAUGUCUGUAAUCUUACUCCAGUAUAAAGGCACGCAUGUGGAAAAUUGAUCACAAUUUCACAUGGAUUAUUCUGAAUUUAAGCAGUUUAGUCGAUCUAUAAUAGAAGUACUAUUUUUCUCAGGUCAAAUAAUUGUUGUAAUUAGGAGUAUUUGCAAUACCAUAGAAAUCUGAUCUUUGAACCUGCUGUCGAAUCAUCUUUAUUCUAUAAUCGAAGAAAAGUAACGAAGUACUGUUUCGUUUUAA